AUGGACUAUAUCGAAUCUACUUCCCUUAGGUACAACUGGAAGAAUCUGACGGAAGUCACCACCAAAGACAACUACUUUACCACCAAAUGUGCUGUUAUUCAACGCAUUCUUCCACCCAAGCAUAAAGAUUCGGGAGUUGUCAGAAUAUCGUGUUCUAUUGGUGAGGUUGUUGUAGGCAAAGCCCUUAUAGACUUGGGAGCCAGUAUCAAUUUAAUGCCUCUUUCUAUGUGCCGGAGACUUGGAGAGAUAGAGAUAAUGCCCACACGCAUGACCCUCCAGUUAGUUGACCGCUCCAUCACAUGGCCAUAUGGAGUCAUUGAAGAUGUUUUGGUGAAGGUUAAACACCAUAUAUUUCCAGCUGAUUUUGUUGUCAUAGAUAUAGAAGAGGGUGUUGGCAUUCCUCUCAUUCUUGGCCGCCCAUUCAUGUCUAUUGCAAGCUGUGUAGUAGACAUGGGAAAGAAGAUGUUGCAGAUGGGCACAGAAGAUCAGAAGAUCAACUUUGAUUUGUUCCAUGAGGACAAAGAUCCACCUAGCCAAAAUGUUUGUCUUAAAGUGCAUGUGAUGGAGGAAAAGAGACUUGAGAAGAAGGUCCUUGAAGUAGGAACUCUGUUGGAUCUUGGAUAA